CUGUGCUAAAACAUACCAAAGAAAAUCUUGAGGAGUUGGAACAAUCGGAAAUUAGGACAUUGCUAUUAAGAUUACCUUCUCUGGACAUGGAACAACACACGUCUAAGUCAAAUCCAUCUUCUAACUCUAUAAUGUCCAAACAAAGCGGGUGGAACCAAUAUUAUCAUCAAGGUCAAGGUUAUGAUACAAGAGGUGCUGGUGUCGAAGAAAAGGGAGUGAGUCCUAGUGACCCUUCCUUCUGGGCAUCUUCCGAUAGCCAGCAUAAUACUGCACCUAGUGCACCACCAGCAUCUGUUAUUGAUUUUGGAGAUAAACAUGAAACUUCUGGAAAUAAAGAAGCUUUAGCGACUGAAAGUGACGAAGAAUAUGCUAGACGUUUGUAUCGUGAAGAUCGUGAACAAUUGGACAAACAACUUCGUGAGAGACAACAUAGUCAGUAUGGACAAUAUGGAAACGGAGCUUAUCAUAAUACUUCAGGCGAACCAGGCGGUUAUGAUACGUCUGGACGACAAAUUGAACAAGGAACUGGUGCUCCAGCAGUACCACAAUAUCAACCUCAGCCUAAACGAAGACCAUUGAAAAGAGCAUACUUUACUUAUGUUGCCACUGCCACCAAUCCUCUUAAUCCUAUGAUUGGUCCUAGUGCGCAAGCUCUUGUUCAACUUGGUGCUCGAUUUGUUCCUUGUAUGCGAGACGUUUCUGACUUCAAUAAUUCUGUUCUUAUACAAUGCCAAACGUCUACAGGGACUACUACUUGUAAAUUAGAGGAAUUUUGUGGUCUCGGGGGAUUUCAUGGUGGGGGGCCUAAUCAAUGGUUUCGAUUUAUAACACCCAUUUUUCUUCACGCUGGUAUAAUACAUUUUCUUUUCAACAUGUUAUUCCAAUUAACGACUGGUAGACAAGUUGAAAGUGAAAUUGGAUGGUGGCGUUAUAGUAUUAUCUAUAUGGCCAGCGGGACAUUCGGAUUUAUAUUUGGAGGAAAUUUUUCCGGGCCAUUAAUUCCUUCUAUGGGUGCAUCCGGCUCUCUUUUUGGUAUCAUUGGUGUUUUACUAGUAGAGGUUUUACAAAAUUGGAAAUUCAUUCCGCACCCAUGCUGGGAGCUCACGAAGUUAUUAUUAAUGAUUAUCUUUUCAUUCUUACUUGGUCUCCUACCCGGUCUAGAUAACUUUUCUCAUAUAGGUGGAUUUCUUAUGGGACUAAUUACUGGUCUCGCUUUAAACCCAACAUAUAAUUUUUCAAAAAUUCAUAAAUAUGCUAAUGUAUUUCUUAGAAUAAUCGCGGUGGUAUGUUCUGCUUUUCUAUUUUUCUUCCUUAUAGAAAACUUUUAUUCUGGUGAUCCAAAUCAGAAAUGUCCUUGGUGUAAGUACUUAAGUUGCUUACCAGUUACUGGAUGGUGUGCUGAGAAACUAGGAACUAGUACAUGA